AUGACGACACCCUACUAUCCUCAAUCGAACGGCCUGGUGGAGCGCCUCCAUGGACAACUGAAGGCAGCCGUGCAUUGCCACGGUGACGAGUGGUUCGACGCUAUUCCCGUCAUUCUUCUUGGGCUUCGCUCCGCCUGGAAGGAGAACCUACAGGCAACACUAGCGGAACUGACAUACGGCGAGCCUCUUCCUCUCCUUGGCAAAUUUCUGGCUCCUACUGUCGUUAAUUCUCCUGCACCAGCCCUGGUUAAGAAGCUGCGGGAUCGCCUUCGUAGUCUCGCGCCAGUGCCGACAUCACACCAUGGAACGAAGCCAACAUUCUUUUUCAAAGACUUGGCAACAUGCUCUCGUGUCUUCGUUCGGAAUGACCAAGCCCGUAAAGCUUACGGAUCGCCUUACUCUGAUCCUUUCCGAAUCGUCAGCAGGCAUGAAAAGUAUUUUAAUGUCUUCUUUCGUUCCGAGACUGGUUACCGAAACUACGAGAGCGCUUCCAUUUCCAUCGAUCGCCUGAAACCAGCUUAUAUGGUUCCUGAAGACCUGGAUCAGAUACUGGGCCCUUCUCCAGAUGGCCAACCCCAGCAGCAGCGCCCUCAACAGCAGCCUCAGCCUUCGACCAGUGCUUCAGCUGCAUCAGCUCCGUCAACUUCGGCAAGCUCAUCGAACUCCCAAAAACCUAGCAAGAAAGUCUCGUUCAACUUGCCGAAUAGACAAGGAAGAUGA